AUGCCCACUACGAACAAAAUCGAAGAUAAGCCGGAAGUUGAAUAUGUCGAAAAUGGUGAUGAGCAAUUGAGAAAAGAAGGCGCACAACAUUCUUCUAGACAGAUGAAACAUGGUGACAAUGCUUUGAAGUAUUUGGGUGAUGAACGUGUCGAAGUGACUGAAGCAGAUAACACAAGGAUUCGACGUGCAACAGAUAAAAGGAUCUUAUCAAUUCUGAUCUGGGUUUAUUUCUUACAAAUAUUAGAUAAAUCAGUUUUAGGUUAUGGAAAUAAUUUUGGAAUGUCAACCGAUACUCAUCUUGUUGGAAAUCAAUAUUCAGUUUUGGGAUCAAUUAAUGCUAUAGUUCAAUUAGCUUGGCAACCUUUUUCGUCAUAUUUAUUGGUCAAAGUACCUGCUAGAAUUCUCAUGCCUGUUAUGAUUUUCGGAUGGGGUGCCGCUCAAGCUUGUAUGGCCGCUGCCACCAACUUCUCAGGAUUGAUGGCUUGUAGAGCAUUACUUGGUCUAUUCGAAGCUGGAUGUUUACCGUUGUUCUCGAUAAUGACUGCUCAAUGGUACAGAAGAUCCGAACAACCUAUCAGAGUCGCCGCGUGGUAUUCUACCAAUGGGAUAGCUACCAUCGUAGCUGCAUUAUUAUCAUUCGGAUUAGGUCAUAUCAACUCUGACAAAAUUGGAGGAUGGCAAGUUAUCUUUAUAGUCUGUGGAACUAUCACUUGUAUCUCAGCUCCAAUCGUUUAUUUCGUUAUUGAUUCAGAUGUCCCUUCCGCUCGGUUCUUAAGUGAAGAAGAUAAACCCAAAGCUAUUGAAAGGCUAAGAGCAAAUCAGACCGGUACAGGAUCAAACGAAUUUAAAUGGAGUCACGCUUUAGAAUUAGCUUAUGACAUAAAAUCUUGGAUGUUCUUGGCUAUGACUCUUCUUUUGAAUGUAGGAGCAAGUGUAACAACGUACUUUGGCCCUUCACUUUUGUCGUCUUUUGGCUUCGACAAGUACAUCACAGCUUUACUUAAUAUGCCAUUUGGUUUCCUUCAAUUCCUGGCUAUCUUAAGUGGAUGUUAUGCCGCUCAAAAAUUCAAGAUCAAAUCAGCAAUCAUAGCAGUAUACAUAAUACCUGUUAUAGUUGGAUUAGUUUUACUUUACGUUGAAGGAACAGCGACAGUAUUCAAAACUGGUCCUGCAAUGGCUGGAUAUUAUUUAUUAUCAUUCUUAUUUGGUGGAAAUCCAGUCAUCGUCUCUUGGAUGGUAGCCAAUACAGCUGGACAAACCAAGAAAGCUUUAAUCAUGUCUAUAUACAAUGCAGGUUCAGCAGCAGGAAAUAUUAUAGGUCCAUUACUUUUCAAAGAUCAAGAUAAACCUCAUUACGUUCCUGGAGUCAAAGCUGUUCUUGGUAUUUUUUGUGCACUGUUAGCUGUAAUCGGAUUCGAAGUUGUCAUUUUAUUCUUCCUCAAUAAACAAAGACAAAAUCAACGUGUCGCUCAUAACAAACCUAAAUACAUCAAAGACACCUCAAUGUCAAGUAAAUAUCAAGCUUAUGGAACGGAUGAUCCAGAAGGUGUUUUGGGUCAAAAUGCUUUACUCGAUAUGACGGAUUUCAGAAAUGAUGAAUUUGUAUAUGUAUAUUAA